AAGUAACGCACCGGUUCGUUCUCCCUGACCUCACUUAGCUAUCCUUGCUGUUACAAUGUAUAAGCAUGGAAGGCUUACAGCGCUUUAUCACAAAACGACUUAGAACAAAGUCUUUAUUUUUAGACUCUCAUCCCUCUUCUAUAAAAACCCCUCUCUCUUUUCCAACAAAACCCUCGUUUUCACACCCAAAACCCCCAAAUUUUCCCGAGAAACGCAUUGAUUUCUCGGAGAAAAUCCUCAUCUUAUUCCAACCCAUUAUACCUCGGCGCAUCAUUUCUCAAACCUAAAACGAGAAUAUCAUAUUCCUGGAUUAUUGAGAUUUAUGGUUUUUGCUCUUCUUGGUCUUGUUAUUUGCAUAAAUUUGUGUUGCUUCUGCGAAAAUAAAAUGUCUUUGUUGACGAAAAGCGAUUCAAUUCACAUUAGGGAAGUUUGGAACGAUAAUCUUGAGAAGGAGUUCGAAUUGAUUCGUAAGAUUGUAGACGAUUACCCUUAUAUAGCUAUGGAUACAGAGUUUCCAGGUAUCGUUUUGCGGCCCAUAGGCACUUUCAAGAACAGUUUUGAUUAUAAUUAUCAAACCCUUAAGGCCAAUGUGGACCUUUUGAAGUUAAUUCAGUUGGGUCUCACAUUUACUGAUGAGAACGGGAACCUUCCGACCUGUGAAACUGACAAGCACUGUGUAUGGCAAUUCAAUUUCCGCGACUUCAACCCCAAUGAGGAUGUGUAUGCCAAUGACUCCAUAGAGUUAUUGUCACAGAGCGGUAUGGAUUUCAAGAAGAACAAUGAGAAGGGUGUUGAUGCUGUUAGGUUCAGCCAGCUACUGAUGACAUCCGGUGUUGUGCUGAAUGAAAACGUGGUUUGGGUGACAUUCCACAGUGGCUAUGAUUUCGGGUACUUGCUCAAGCUUCUGAAAGGCGAAACCCUUCCGGACACACAGAUGGGGUUCUUUGAUAUGAUCAAGGUGUAUUUUCCUACAAUUUAUGAUAUCAAGCAUCUCAUGAGGUUCUGCAACAGCCUUCAUGGUGGGUUGAACAAGUUGGCGGAGCUGCUAGAUGUGGAGAGAAUUGGUAUUUGCCACCAAGCUGGUUCUGAUAGUUUGCUGACUAGUUGUGCGUUCAUGAAACUGAAAGAGACUUUCUUUAGUGGGAAUCCUGACAAAUAUGCUGGUGUUUUAUAUGGUCUUGGUGUUGAGAAUGGAUAUAAUUCUCAUUGAAAAAAGAAAAGACUGGAAAUAUUAAUAAAUAAAAAAAGGAUUUGGUAGACUACAUGCUUGUGCCUGUUGCGAUUUCAUCAUAUUCUGUUAUAUAUUCUCCUUCUACUAUUUCUUCGUCUAGAUGUUGAAUAGCAGCCAUUGCUAGAAUGAGCUAUGAUUGAAGUUCAUGGUCUUUCUUAGGGUUUGCACAUUCUGCUGCUGCAGCAGCAUAGAGUUAAUUGAAAACUGACAGUUUUCCUCGAUGUUUAUCUUCCAAUUUCACUCGUUUUUUGUUUUUGGGAGAUUACUGGACCCAAAAAGGAAAGUGAAUUAUAAUGUUAGUGCUCAUGAGAUGAGACCUUGUUCUUUCCUAAA